AUGUACGCACUCCCAACUGUAAGUGCUGUGCUGAUGAUAGCGCUAUGCGGCACAGCGCAAAUAAAGUCUUUGCUGGAUAAUCUCGAAGAUGGACAUUAUGUUUGUGCCAAAGAUUUCGACGAAGAUGAGACUAUGGCUGAGUUUCGAAAUGCGUUGCCUGACGCUUCAGCUAAGGUGGAAAGUUACCUUGGAUUGAAACUGUCUGACAACGACGAUAUCAAAAGGUUUGAGAUCAAUUCCCUUAAUCCAGAGAGGACAUCCAUGUAUGUAAAUGUGACCGAGAAGACAUCCGGAAAGAAUCAUUUCCUUCGUCUGGAUCUACUUGCUUCAAAUCUUUGGCGUGCGCAUAGGAUCAGCCAAGAGGAGUUCAAAAAAUGGGAAACUGCUUGUCCGCUUUAA